UACACGAACGUAAACAAAUGAUCGAGCAUCACCGUGGUAGGUGGUCCUUGACUGUCUUAAGUAUUGUUUACUGAACAUCCAUGGAGAAAACUAUUAGUACACGCCGAACAAGAAUAUUGGAUCAGGUGAAGGAGUGGGACAAUGGCUCAUCACAUACAUGGUCUGGUUACUGGAUGUCUGCACAAGUCUUUACAGCCCUCCAUCAAUACCCUCUGCAAAAGACAGUAUUAUUGUAAAAUCAACUCUAAUAGUAAACACUUGCCCAGGUGUUGUCAUGGAGGUAUAAAAGGAAAUAUAAACAUCUUUAUAAAUGUUCAGCAGAGAAAGUUCUAUGCAUAUAACAGCAAGACACAGUUGUUAUUAAAGAGAUACAGCCCAUCAGUUAGCCAGCUGUGUUGUUAUCAUGGUGUCUUAAAUAAUACAAGUCAUAAUUACAGACAAUAUCAGAGGAAACUUCUUUUAACAUCUGUGUGUGGUUAUCAGUUAAAUACUACUGUUACCAAGAGGCAUCUAUCACUGGCCUGGCUUGAUAGUUUAGCCAUUACUCAGGCUGGAUGGUUCCAGGCAUUAGCACAGUCAAGGCUUGUUGAGGGAUUGAUGACAGGGUUGCAAGGUAUUCAUGACCUCUCACAUCUACCAUGGUGGGCUUCUGUCAUAUUGUCCACCAUGUUGAUGAGGGGAGCUCUUACCUUCCCCAUUGCUGUUUACCAGAAUUACGUCAUGGCAAAACUUGAAAAUUUGAAGCCAGAGAUGGACGAGUUGGUACAAGAACUGAAGAAGGAGACUGCUUAUGCUGCCAAGAGGUUUGGCUGGGAUGAAAAGCAAGCUCGUCUCAUGUUCAACCAGUCGGCUCGCAAAAUUUGGAAGGAAUUGAUCAUUCGAGAUAACUGCCAUCCAUUCAAAACCAGUAUACUGCUGUGGGUACAAAUACCACUGUGGAUUGCAAUGUCCAUGUCCUUCCGUAACAUGGCGUCCAUGAUGCCUCAUCAGGAUGCUGCUGCUCAAGUGCUGUUCAUGGAAUUGAGCACUGGAGGGUUUGGUUGGAUACCCAAUUUAACUGAAGUGGACCACUCUCUUAUCCUGCCAGUAGCCAUGGGCAUCACCAACCUCAUUAUCACAGAAGUAAAUGUUUUGAGUCGUCAUCAGGAGGGAUCAAAGUUACAAAAUAUCGCCACCAAUGUAUUCCGUGUCAUAAGUAUAGCCGUUAUUCCUAUCGCAGCAACUGUUCCAUCGUGCGUGACUCUUUACUGGUUUACCUCAAGUAUGUGUGGGUUAGCACAGAACUUGGCUAUGAUGCACCCUGGACUACGACAGCUGUGUGGUAUACCCCAGUCACCCAUCCAACGAGAAAAUCCUUAUCAACAUCUGUGGACACAACUACAGAAGAAAAUGACAAAAAAGAGGAAAAAAGAUGGAAAAAAUUAGAUGGUAUUUGUUGUUGAAUAUUAAUUAUUAAUGUAAAUAAAACACUUUUAGAAUGGUUA